AAUUUGCAUGUUGCUUUUGAGGACUUUCUAGAGUCGUCAAUAUCGAAGAUUGUUUUGUUAAUUUCCUGCUCACAUAUAUGUUCUGUAAAAUAUCAUCCUUUAACACGGUGAAAUGGGAGCGAACAUUUCACAGCUCGAGCGGGAUAUUGGUGCUGAUCAGUUUCCACCUAAUGAGCACUACUUUGGAUUAGUUAAUUUUGGAAACACAUGCUACAGCAACUCCGUUCUCCAAGCAUUGUAUUUUUGUAGACCUUUCCGAGAAAAGGUUCUUGAGUAUAAGGCGAAAAACAAACGUACAAAGGAGACAUUGUUGUCCUGCCUGGCAGAUCUGUUCUAUAGUAUAGCGACUCAGAAGAAAAAAGUUGGUUCGAUUGCUCCGAAAAAGUUCAUUGCCCGACUGCGUAAGGAGAAGGAAGAAUUUGAUAAUUACAUGCAGCAGGACGCUCAUGAGUUUUUAAACUUUCUGAUCAACCACAUCAACGAAAUUAUCCUAGCGGAGCGAAAUCAAGCCAAAGGAGGGGCAGCAGCAGCAAACAAAAAUGGGAAUAGCAUGGGAAUGGGUGGCAGUUUAAACGGAGACAGUUCUCAGCAACCGCAGGAACCGACAUGGGUACACGAAAUAUUCCAGGGUAUCUUGACAAGUGAGACUCGAUGUUUGAACUGCGAAACGGUCAGCAGUAAAGAUGAAAACUUCUUCGACCUGCAAGUAGACGUAGAUCAGAACACUAGCAUAACACACUGCUUGCGAUGUUUCAGCAACACGGAGACACUGUGUAGCGAUAACAAAUUCAAGUGCGACAAUUGUUGCAGUUACCAAGAGGCACAGAAACGAAUGAGGGUUAAAAAGUUGCCGAUGAUUUUAGCGUUGCAUCUUAAGCGAUUCAAAUACAUGGAACAGUACAAUAGGCAUAUUAAAGUGUCGCACCGUGUCGUGUUUCCACUAGAGCUCAGACUGUUUAAUACGUCGGAUGAUGCAGUCAAUCCAGAUCGCUUGUACGACCUGAUGGCUGUAGUGAUCCAUUGCGGAUCCGGUCCUAAUCGUGGACACUACAUAAGUAUAGUAAAAAGUCACGGAUUUUGGUUGCUAUUUGAUGAUGACAUGGUCGAUAAAAUUGAAGCAUCUACUAUCGAGGACUUCUACGGCCUUACCUCGGAUAUUCAGAAGUCUUCUGAAACGGGUUACAUUCUAUUCUACCAGUCACGAGAUGCAACCUGAAUCAGAGAACCUCAUUUCUGCCUAAAGAGAGAAUGUAAAAGUUACACACCGCCACGUUGGCGCUGGCCGGGCGGCAGUGGAAAUCGUUAAACUAAUUUAUUUUAUGUUGAUGAUUAGUAGGUUGAUCAAAUUGGCAUGUUUUAAAAGCAGGUUUGCUGUGCAGUCGAUGCUUAGUUUUCACACGUAGGUUUUAUAUUUGCUUAUAGACAGCGUACCUAGCUGUGCACAUUUUCUGUUGGAUAACACUGUAAAAAAUAUUGUUAACAUCUGUCCAAAUUUAUAAUAACGAAUAGCCUAUAUCUAAAACACUAUGUGAAGGCAUGCGUUGUGAAACUUUAUUAUGUCAACAGUUGUCAAAAAGCCGAAAUAUUCGGGUAAUAAA